GCUCCUCUCCCCUCAUUUUCUACUGGUGGAGACAUGCUAGACUUCCUGGUUCAGUCGGGUGUCAUCAGCAAACAUGAUGGCCUCUUGGCCUCCUGGUACCACAGAGCAAACAGCAAAGAAGAAAUGAACAAAGCUCUCGCAAGCAGCUCCAUGAUUCUGGAGGCAGACGUCACUCUGGAGGGUUAUGGAACAGCCAAUGAGAAGCCAAUCCCUGUCAUGGCACAUCCUCCUGACAUCUACAGUGACAACACUCUGGACCAGUGGUUGGAUGCUGUUCUGGCCUCAAAUAAAGGCAUCAAACUGGAUUUUAAGUCUCUGGCAUCUGUUGGCCAUUCGUUGGACCUGCUGAAAAUGAAGAACAGCAGCAGUGGGAUAAACAGGCCUGUGUGGCUAAAUGCAGACAUCCUCCGGGGUCCCAAUGUACCAGAAUUCAUGCCUCAAGUCAAUGGAACCAGAUUUAUUGAGUUAAUCCAGGAGAAGUUUGAAGAUGUGACUUUGUCUCCUGGGUGGAUGGUGGCCUAUGCCCCUCCUCUUUUCACCCAAACCUACACCAGGCAGAUGGUGGAAGACAUGUUUGAUAUGAUCAAAGAUGUCCCCCAAAAGGUGACAUUCCCAGUUCAUGCCUUGUUGAUUCGCAGUGGUUGGCAGCACAUCAGCUGGCUCCUCAGUCAGUCACCACGGUUCAGUCUGACUCUGUGGCAGGGUUCAACUCACCCAAACGUCAGUGAUCUGCUGUUUGUUCGGGACAACAGCCACCCUGCCAGAGUCUACUACGACAUUUAUGAGCCGACGCUGUCUGAAUUCAAACAGGCUGCAAGGCAGCUGGGUCGUGUCAAGAGAUAUUAUCCCGGAGGAGACUUGAUGGACUUCUUCUACCCUGCUCACAACUCAGACCUCAGCUUCAUGCCCACAAACAAACAAGACGGCAAACUGGAAGUCCUUUGGUUUACAGUCAGAACUCGGACCUCUCUGUUGGCUCAGCUUACAGGUGCUGCUCGGGGUAUGCUGGUACUUCAGGUGGCUUCAGACAGUAAACAACCAGGUGUCCCUCUGGUGGAAGGUUCUGGAGAGAGUUCAGAGGCCCUCACACUGCAGGACGUCCUGUUGCUGCUUGGACAGAGGGCUGACGCUCCCUGGGGUGUCCACCUACAGAUCCUCAAUAAGCAACUUCUGGAUGCUUCUCUCAAACUAUUACACUCAGCCUAUAGCAGAGAGGAGCUCUACAGGCCCGUCUGGAUCAGCAUGGAGGGUUCACAAAACUCUGAUUACAUAAAGGAGUUUGUAUCCAGUGUAGAGAAGCUGUUUCCCUAUGUUACCCUCGUCCUUCAGGAGCAGACCUGGCCGCCUCUGGUCCCAGCAGCACUGACCGGCGUGUCUCAAAGAGUGGCUCUACAUCUGAACAAAGGAUCACUGCCACGAGGAUGGGAGGAGCUUAUUCCUGUGAUGGAAACGACGGACAGAUACGACGUUGUAGUAGAGGAGGACACGAGCAGUGGUGGAGCUUUCAAAGAAUUCAAAAGACUAACAAUGAAGAGUAAAGAGAGAUCAGACAUGAAACUGUACACAAUAUCAGACUGA